UUAAAUUCCGAUAUAAUCCUAAUCUACAUCAUCUGAGGUAUUUGUAGAAAAUUUCAUUACCAAAUAAAUACCCAUUAUGAGGAAACAAAGCCGACUUUUGUGAAUUUUCUUAAACUCUCUCUCCGGCCUCGGAAAAAUGUUAAGAUUCCUAUAUAAUUGAGUUCUGCACCAUCUGAAGCGUUUUUGUAGAAAAUUUCAUCAAAAAGUAUCCAUUUCUCUGGAAGGUAAGAAGAAACAAAUUUUGGGAGGCACACUUGUUCAGAUAUACCAAAAUCAGUACCAGUCAAUACAAGGCUCGAAUGAAUAAAUUUGUGACCUAAAUGCAAUGCCUAAACGAUAGGAUCUUAAGGCUAUUGUUGAAAUAUUGAGAUCUAAGUUUUCCCUAAAGUUUUCUGGUUUAUCUUACAAUUCAUCUUGAAGAAACUAUGAAACGUGUAUUGAUUACUGGAGCUUCUGGCUUGCUAGGCAGAGCUGUGAUAAAAAAAUUUCAGUCUGAACCAGAGAAGUGGAAUGUAUAUGGUACAGCUUUUAAGCGGGCCACUCAGUCACUUCAUAAAUUAGAUUUGACAGAUGAAAAAGAGGUAUUUAAAACAGUAUCAAAGUUCAAACCUGAUGUUAUUAUUCACUGUGCUGCUGAGAGACGACCUGAUAUUGUAGAAAAUAAUGAAGAAGCUUCUUAUAAACUGAAUGUUGAAGCCACAAUAGCAUUGUGUAAGGCUGCAGUGGAAUCCUCUUCUUGGCUUUUGUAUAUUAGCACUGACUAUGUAUUUGAUGGCACCAGUCCUCCAUACAACGUUACUGAUGCACCAAAUCCGCUGAACAAAUAUGGCCUUUCUAAACUGCAGGGUGAAAAAGCUGUACAGAACAUUAGCUCAGACUUUGCUAUCUUGAGAGUUCCAAUUCUUUAUGGUCAAGUGGAAUUCUUAGAAGAAAGUGCUGUAACAAUCUUACUAAAAAGUAUUUUGAAUUCUGGUGUUACUUCGCACUCUUCUCAUUACGAACGACGUUACCCGACCCACUGUGAUGACUUGGCUUCUCUGAUUAUGCUAAUAUCAGAAAAAAAGUGUUUCCAGCAAGAGAAAAUAUCUGGUGUGUUCCACUGGAGUGGGAAUGAUAACAUGACCAAAUAUGAUAUGAUGACUGCAAUGGCUGACAUUUUUAGUUUGGACAUGUCGCAUAUUGUUGCUGAUGAUAAAAGUAACCCAAGCACAAAGCGCCCCUAUAAUGCUCAUCUUUCUUCUGAACGUCUUGAAAAUCUUGGGAUUAAUGUUGACAAAACACCAUUCAGAAAUGGAAUAAAAGAUGUUCUAUGUCCUUUUGUUUCAUCAUAGUGUGUGUGUUUGCUUCUUAAGAAUUUUGGUUAUAAUAUUGUUUUGGUUCAAUGUAGAACUUCAAAAUUUAAUUAUUUGUUUGAACUUUAUGAAUUGAACGACAUUAAAAACUUACAAUAAAUAUAUUUCUUAUU